AUGAACCUUGAUGUUCGAUAUGAGAGAAGCGGGCUGAAAAAGUGUUUUAUGUCGGAUAAAUACACUGUUCACCCAGCGACCUGUACUGGUUUUCUUAUUGCCCUGACCUUGUUGGUUUCAAGCUCGCUGUUUGACUUGAUCGAGGAGGCAAAGCAUUCCUGGGAGUUUGGAGCAUCACGGGACCGCACCACGACCACCGUGGAGAACCCAGACGAUUCCUAUACCGUUCCUCCUCCUCCUCCUCCUCCCCAUUCGCCUGGCUGUGCCUCUUCCUCGAACUCACCCUUUCCAUUCCCUUCUCCCUGUCCACCGCCGUUCUCAUCCCUCUACUCAGUGCAGGACGAAGAGCUCGGUUACAUCCAGACCUCUAUCACAGAGUCUAGAUUUCCGUGUCUCCCAGCCUUCGCACCGACACCUCCAUUUGAGGAAACAUUGACGUCUCCAUUGCCUGUUCACCCUCCUGUUGUUUUAGAUACAAAGGCACAGCUUUCGCGGGAUAAGACAGGAGAAGCGUCGGCAUCAGGUAAAGGCCUUGACGACGGAGAACCGCCACCACCAUAUUCUGAAGGAUCGAGUCCACUUCAGUCGUUUACAUACGUUAUGGCCGGCCCGGGGGGAGCUGCUUCUAUCAUUACACAGGUUCAGCAAACUGGGGGAGGACCGAUUAAUACUCUUGGAGAUGUUGGAGGCGAUGAUCAUAUAACGUUAGAUUUACGAGGUACUCGAUUCACGCUGUCGCGAGACGAACUGCUUACUUUACCCGAGUUCGUUUUGCUAUCUCUAUUCCCAAAUGGACUCCUUCCUGAUGGACACAUGGGAACAUUCCAUGAGGGUGACGUAUAUCCCGUCGACUAUGACCCAGCUUCCCUGCAAUACAUGCUAGAUUUCUUCCGCACUGUAGCACAAUCAAUUCCUUCAGCCACGCCAUCUCCAACCGCAUCAGCGGACGGCGAUUAUUCUAUGGAUCCUAUGCAUGGAUCAACGAGGGAUAUGUUGCAAGGCCGUGCUGGCAUUAUCGUUCUUCGUGAAGACCUUGACUUCUACGCAAUCCCGCCCGUGACCGAUAUUGACCAUGCGGAAAUGAUUGAAGUUAAGCGAGCAGCGGGAAGAGUCUUGUUGAAGCAAGACGGGAUCUUCUCAGGCCUACGAAAAAGCGACGAGCCCGGAUCGACUGAACAGCACCUUAUCGAGAUGUUAACCGCUGGCGGUUUCAAUCACGACGAUCGAUGGGGCCAUCGCGCCGGGGAGCCCAACAAGGCCGUGAUCUGCAGUUUGGCGCUGGCUAAGCUUCGAACGGACAUGCGAGGUGACCUGUCCGGCAAUAAUGUGGUCGGCAUGGCGCAGAAGCUGCUUCUAUUCUGGAGAAAACCGGCUCGACGGUGCUGGUGGGAGGGUGUCGAGCUCGAGGGCGUCGAAGGAGUCGAGGGGAAGCUCAAAGUCUGGAUUCGCCGGGUAUGGACUCUUGAAAUGGUGAGUGUGCCCUCUAUGUUACCAAUAGCCCCUGUCUCUAUUUGCUUGGGGUCAUGA